AUGCCAAAAGCAACAAGAGGGAAACGAGAGAUAUCAAAACAGGAACGCCGUGUCCGACGCGGCCUGAAGAGGGUAGCCGCGCGCUUGGCAGCGCUGCGUGAAGCGAAGCGCCAUCCUGUACCAUCAGGGGCGAAUUCUAACGGUUCCAGUCCUUCAUUGUCGAGGGUAUCAGAGGGUGUAAAAGCAAAACCUGGUCGGGGAGCAAUGGGAGUGGUGUUGGGCAAGAGGGAGAGGGAUGGGGAUGAUGAGGAAGAGAAGUAUAGGGAGGAGAUGAAGGAGACAGAGGAUAACGGCAGUAGUGCUCAUCGCGCGAAAAGGGCAAGGGUUGAUACCAACCCAGGGGUUAUAGGCAGGAACUUAUCACAGGAACAUGGGGCUGAUGUUAAUCGGCUGCUACACAACCGCGAAACCGCUGAGAUUGGAUCUUCGGCUACAUUGGUAACUACGAACGGCUCUAGCAAAGGUUUACAUUCGACUCCAGUUAAAAAUGGCCUCUUAGCGGGUCCAACUGAAUAUGCCACUGAUGACGAUGCGUCUCCCUCAAGCCACCGAAAGGCACCACGUAGUCCUUAUGGGUUGACACCGGGCAUCAGUCCAUAUUUAGACUUCCCGUUCCCAACUCCAGAACAAUGCGAAGAAGCCAAUACGCUCCUCUCCACCGUGCAUGGCGAAGUCAAGAUGCCAGCAGCAAUCCCUGCACCCUCCCUGACCAUUUCUGGCUGCGGUGAGGUCCCAUCCGUCCUCGACGCAUUGAUACGCACGUUGCUCUCCGGCGCAACGUCGAGCAAUAACGCCGCACUUGCGCUUCAAGGACUCGUCAGCCGAUUCGGUGUGUUGCAUGAUGGGGUUGGGGAGGGGAGUGUGGAUUGGGAUAAAGUGCGGCAGGCAACUUUAGAGGAGGUUUAUGAUGCUAUGAAGGCGGGUGGUUUGGGUAGGGUGAAGAGUAGGUAUAUCAAGAGGAUUCUCGAUAUGGUCCAUGAGGAGGGUGUGGCAAGGAGGAAUGCGAUGGGUAUGGGAGGGGACGUUUAUCAGGAGGGCGAUGGCAAUGGCCACGAACACAUCCUCUCCCUUAACCACCUCCACACCCUCUCAAAGGACGAGGCAAUGCUUGAAUUCACGAAAUAUCCCGGCAUCGGUGUUAAGACGGCUGCGUGCGUGAUAUUGUUCUGUCUCCGGCAGCCUUGCUUUGCGGUUGAUACGCAUGUUGUCCGUCUGUGUAAGUGGCUAGGAUGGCUUCCGGAGGAGAAGCAUGGGGCAAAUGAGGAGGAGAAAGCGGAAAAGGGAAACGGGUUAGGUGGGCAGAAUAAAAUGAGGAAGCCUAGGGAUGUUGUCCGUGUCAAUGAGAUCACGGCCUUUCGACACUUGGACGCGAAGGUUCCGGAUCAUCUGAAGUAUUCGCUGCAUCAGUUGUUUGUUAUGCAUGGAAAAAGUUGUGCCAGGUGUAGGGCUAAUACAGGAAUUGGCGGACGAGAAGAUGUCGGCCCAGGGGAAGAGGGGUGUGUGAUUGAGCACCUUGUGAAGAGGACAGGGAAGCGGAAGGGGAAAGGGAGGGGAAGUUGA